UUGUACUGUGAACACGACGCAGUUACCACUGUAGGCUGUUUCUUAUCACGGACCAUUGAUGUUUUACAAACUGGACUGUUCAGUUGCCUCGAAUUCAGGACCUAGACCCAGCAGGGACAGUUGUACACUGAAACAUUCCAGUAUCAAAAAAAAAUGAAUUCCCUCGUUACAGUAAGUGCCACCACAAAUUUCACCUCGACCAUUUUAUCUGGGAACUCCACCAUGGCACUCGCUGAUAUACUAACAACAACGCACGGACCUCAAGCUAUGCGGCAAAUCAUGGGUUUCAACAAUCUAACUGUAGUGGAUAAAGUACCUCCGGAUAUGGUGCACUUAAUCGAUCCGCACUGGUAUCAGUUUCCACCUUUGGAUCCACUGUGGCACAAAAUUCUAGGCCUCGUGAUGAUUGUAUUAGGACUUAUGGGGUGGAUCGGUAAUGGUGUCGUAGUGUAUGUGUUCUUGUUGACACCCUCCCUAAGAACGCCGAGCAAUCUCCUAGUGAUAAAUUUGGCUUUUUCGGACUUUGUCAUGAUGAUGAUCAUGUCACCUCCUAUGGUAAUCAACUGCUACUAUGAGACCUGGGUAUUAGGGCCGUUAAUGUGCGACAUAUACGCCAUGGUGGGCUCUUUAUGUGGUGGCGCCUCAAUAUGGACCAUGACUGCUGUUGCUUUAGACCGAUACAAUGUUAUAGUGAAAGGUAUGGCGGGAAAACCAUUCACCAUCAAGAAAGCGAUACUCGAAAUUCUAAUAAUCUGGCUCUUCGCUUCGGUAUGGACGAUUUUGCCCAUGGUAGGAUGGAACAGAUACGUGCCUGAAGGCAAUAUGACCUCUUGCGGUACAGAUUACCUCACCAAGGAUUGGCUUUCUAAAUCGUACAUCUUGGUGUAUUCGAUAUUUGUAUAUUAUACGCCGCUCUUCACUAUAAUUUACAGCUAUUACUUUAUCGUCUCGACAGUUGCUGCUCACGAAAGAGGAAUGAGGGAACAAGCGAAGAAAAUGAACGUUCAAUCUUUGCGAUCUGGAGAUAAUCAAAACAUAAGUGCAGAGGCAAAACUGGCAAAAGUAGCUCUAAUGACCAUUUCCUUGUGGUUCAUGGCAUGGACGCCAUAUCUAGUUAUCAAUUAUAUGGGUAUUUUCGGCGGUGCUAUAAGUCCUCUUUUCACCAUUUGGGGAUCUCUCUUUGCAAAGGCAAACGCUAUAUAUAAUCCAAUUGUCUAUGGAAUUAGUCAUCCAAAAUAUAGAGCAGCGUUAAAGGAGAAGUUACCGUUCUGCGUAUGUGGCUCGACUGAGGGUCAAUCCGUGGCUGCGAAAGUUGCAGAAACAUCAUCUACUACGACCACGUCAGCGUAAUUCAGAGCAAUGUAUCGUAGUUUCUAAAUAUUGUGAUAUAAUACUAUUAGAGUAUGUUUCUCGAGGAAAUCGAUGAAUCAGUAAUACUGAACGCAUUAUGUGAUAAAUAUGUAACGCGUAUGGGAAUUUGUAACUUGUAAAGCUUUAAUAGCUGCGCGUAACCGAUUAUGCAAGAAGAAGAAUACAUAUAUAUAUUUUUUUUUAGUGGAGUAACUCUAUGAUAUGCUGGUGUAUUCUCAUUCGAUUUUCUCUUUUAUUCUCUACUUGUACUACAAGUGUUAAGUAUUACCUUUGCAGGGAUGAACGAUAGAAAGCACUUGCCGAUUGUAUUAUAGUAGGAGAAUAUUAAUCAAUAAAUCAUUUGGCGUGUA